CUUGGACAGAAACGAAAGUGGUUGUAGUGCCGGUUUCAGCUAGCCGAAAUCCACGAGCCCCUUGGUGUCAUUAAUUACAAUACUCCCUCCGAGCGUGGAAAGAAAGUCCGAUUCCAGGAAACCAGUGGUAUGCCGAAAAGCAACGACGAGGAAUCCAAUGAAUCAUUUAGUCAAAUCCCACUCCUUUCCGCCGAGAACUAUCCAGAAUGGGUCUUGAGAAUGAAGAUACAUUUGAGACACGUUGGUCUGCUCGAUAUUUGCACUACCCCAUCACCAGCAGUUCCCGACGCGGAUUACAAGAGAAAAAUGUACGAUGCGGUCAACAUCAUUGCCGGAAAACUGUCCAGCCCGAGCUUCAUGGAGGUGGUCAACUCUGAUAACGAAUUGGAUCCCUACUUGAUAUGGAACAAAAUCAAUUCCCAUUUCGGGAUGAAAGCGGCGACCAUCAAAGCAAAGGUCUGGCUCGAGUUCACCCGAAUCCCAUUCGAUGGCGACCUCAAAUCAUUCACCAGUGCCUGUCGUAAAAGCCUCAAUGAACUCGAAUCAGUCGACCCUCAAAUUCCGCCAGAUGUUUUGGUCUGCUGUAUCUUAGGCAAAAUCCCUAAGCGAUAUCAUCAUCUGGUCGAUCCUCUGAUACAUGACCAAUUCAUAAUCCAAAGUCCUCAUAAUACACUCACUCGCAUCGAACAGUUCGAUCCAAGACAAGACCAAAAAUCCCUUUAGCGUUCAUUGUACCAUCCUCCCGCUUAUGUCAGACAUUAGAAAACCACAUCUUUAUUCUUUUAUCCUCAUCUGUAAAUGUGCAGACUGUUAUAAUUAUGUUCAUUUUGAAUUUACAACAUAUCCAUCAUCUUUGAAAAAAGCGAG